AUGCUGCAAGAGACUCGAUUGGGCUGGGUGGUAGCUGGCAAGCUUUCUUCGCCUAGCACUAUAGCAACUAAACUAUGCCAUCUCUCUAGAAGUACCUUGGAGGAUGCAGUAAGGAAAUUCUGGGAAACAGAGGAGCUGCCAACAAGAAGAAUAUUUUCACCGGAAGAAGAGGAGUGUGAAAAACACUACCAGCAAACUGUUAUAAGGCUUCCUUCAGGGCACUACGCAGUGAAGUUACCUUUCAAUGACAAUAAGAAUAGAUUAGGUGAGUCGCAUGGGCUAGCUCUAAAAAGGCUGCAAGGAUUGGAAAGAAGGUUAAGUGCAAACGCUAAGUUAUACGAAGAAUCUCGGAGCUUCCUCAAAGAGUAUGAAGAGUUGGGGCAUAUGUCUCGGAUAGAGAACGCAAGUAUUCAGGAGAGCUAUUUUCUUCCUCAUCAUGCAGUACUAAAGGAUAGCAGCAACACUACGCGAUUGAGAGUAGUGUUUGACGUUUCAGCGAGAACUACUACUGGGCAUUCGCUGAACGAUACUCUACUUACAGGUCCUGUAUUGCAGCGAGACCUCUUCUCUGUGGUUACGCGGUUUCGCCUGCACAACAUAGUCUUUACAGCAGACAUAGAAAAAAUGUUCAGACAGGUGUAUAUGCAGGAAGACGAUCGUCGCUUCCAGAGGAUACUAUGGAGAGACAACCCACAAGAGGCUGUUCGAACAUAUCAAUUGAAUACUGUAACCUACAUCAUAUCUAGCAACGUGUACAGUACAACAGGUCGCGGAGGACGAGCAACAACUCUAUCCAGAAGCGGCAGAAGUAGUAAGACAAGAUAUGUACAUGGACGAUCUUCUAACAGGAGCAAGUAUGUUAGAGCGAGCGCAAGAGUUGAGGACUCAGCAAGCCUUUUGAAAUGGGGAGGAUUCCACCUUCGGAAAUGGGCCUCAAAUCAUUCGCGGUUCAACGAAGGAACUGACAACAAGGCGGAGGAGCACGUAAGCUUAGACUUUGCCGAUACACAUAAGACGCUAGGAGUUCUUUGGAACCAACAGCAGGAUUGCCUACUAUAUCGAGUCAACAUACGACCACAUGGAGACAAGGUAACCAAGCGAACCAUAUUGGCACAAAUCGCAUCUUUGUACGAUCCUCUAGGGCUACUAGGCCCGGUUAUAGUCAAGGCUAAGAUACUACUCCAGAUCCUAUGGAAACUGAAAGUGGGUUGGGACGAGCAAAUUCCAACAGAAAUCUGUGAUCAAUGGAAAACAUAUUUAAACAGCUUAGAAGAACUAAACAACAUCACAUUUCCACGACAAGUCUGUACGACGCAAGUUGCAAGUCUACAGUUACAUGGAUUUGCAGAUGCAAGUGAAGCCGCAUACGGAGCUUGCUUGUACAUUAGAUCAACAAGGUUUGACCAGACUUAUCACACAGCACUGGUCUGCUCUAGAUCAAGAAUAGCACCACUGAAGAAGCUUACAUUGCCAAGGUUAGAGCUGUGUGCCGCCUUAGUGUUGGCACAACUUUGUCAAGCCGUAUUGAAAGCGUUCGGUAUAUCGUUUGACAGAGUCAUCUUGUGGUAA